AGGCAUGCGCAAACGCUUGUCCGCGGGGAAAUUUGUUUGUCACUUCGUUGUUUGCGUGUCUACCGCGUUUGAGAAAUGAAGAUAGAAAUGUAUGAAGCAGUGGAGAGAGGAGAUAUUGAAUCAGUAACGCGUCUUUUGGAUAAUGGAGUUGAUAUCAAUAGAGGGUAUUAUGGGGACACUCUUUUGAUAAAAGCGUGUUUGAAUAAUCAGAAGGAAAUGGUUGAGUUGCUACUCACUAAAUCGGCAGAUGUUAAUGAAACUGGCUAUUGGAGACGAACAGGUUUGAUUGUGGCAGCAUGGAAGGGAUUUGUUGAUAUAGCGAAUAUCCUUUUGAAGACCAAAGAUAUUAAUGUGAUGAAGGGAGAUGAUUAUGGAAGGACAGCCAUCCAUGUUGCUGCAGAGAAUAAUCACAGGACCAUUGUAGAGAGUCUUUUGUCUUGUUCUGUUCCUGUUGAUAUCAAUGAUACUCGUGGUCGUACACCACUGUGGUUGGCUGCCCUUAAUGGUCAUGUGUGUUGUGUUGAUGUUCUCCUAAAACAUGGAGCGAGUUCCCAACAUGAGAGUAAGUAUGGAUCACCACUGGAGAUUGCCAAGCGACAUGGUCACAGUAAUGUGGUUGAGAUGAUGGAAGAAGCCAUAAGAUUGAGAUCUCAUCCCUAUAUGGAGGGUCAUGUGUCUGUUAUGAGACAUCAAGACCAACAGACAAUUGCUGAACUGCAGAGUGAAGUCGGGAAGAUGAAAGAAGAAUUAAGACAAUCAGUCCAUGAGAGUGAAAUGACAAAACUGAGAAGGGAGAUCCAACAGAAAGAGGAGGAACUGACAUGUCUCAUGUCUACUCUUGCUAUUGUUAGCAGAAUGGCAAGCGAGAGAGUUGGUGAAGGUCACACAACUUGUGCUGAGUGUCACAUGUUGUCACAGGCAGCAGGUACAUCAGUGAGUGAGGACGAAUGUGCUGUUUAUGUGUCUCGUGUUGUGCGUGCCGUCCAGCAUGUCAGCUCCACCAGGUGGUAUGCCAUCGGUUCUGCUUGUGGCAAAACGUUUGAUCAACUCCAGCAACUCAAGUUCUUACCAGACGACAGUGAUAAAGUGCAGGCUCUCUUUGAUCAAUUAGCACAGCAAAUGGGAAGGAAGAGAGCUGCAGACAAGCUGCUAGAGGCGUGUAACUUAAUGGCCAAUCCUACAUACGCUGCCGUGCUUGAAGAGAUGGAGAAAUGAAGUGUCGAGCAGUGACUGUUGGAUGACGUUUGAUAUCAAUAUGGAUUGCUUUAUUAGUGGAGUGGAUGUUGCUACGUGUUGCUGUUGUGUUGGAUUGUUUGAUGUGGAUUGUAAUAUUUAGUUUUGUUUGUUUGUGUUGUCAUUGUGUAUGAAGUGGGCGUGUAGUGUUUGAAUGUCGAAUAAUUAGAAUGUGUUGCUACUGCAAGAGA